UGGCACCACGGCCUCCGGUGCCACUCGGCGCUUGGCUCUCCCUCGAGCCUCACCUGCAGAGACCGACGCUCCGAGCCCGGGUUCCCUCCUGCGUCCGCCAUGCGCCUCGUGGUCUGCCUGGUCUUCUUGGCCUCCUUCGCCCUGGUCUGCCAAGGCGAAGCGUACAGGGGCGGUUACACAGGCCCGAUACCCAGGCCAUCCGAAGAGGGAUUAUUUAGGCCCAUUAGAUCUAUUGAUCGGCCUCUUAGACCAGGACAUGUUUGCACCCUUUGCUCCUACGUUUCCAUCAGAACGGCUGAAUACUGCUGUGACAGUCACGACCGCUGCUGUUAUAGGCUGAACAGUUAACUUGGAAGAUGAGGAUAAUGAAACCGGCUCUGAAGUGACAACACACACACACACACACACACACACACACACACACACACACACACAAAUGACAACGUGCAUGCAUGUAUGCGCGUACAACCGAAGUCCGUUUCAAAAUGAUUUUCAAAAUUUCAAAAUGAAAGAAAAUGUUUGUAGCAAGACUGUUAUUUCAGAAAUCCGUAUUCAUGUGAUCUUGAAAUGAUUCGAUAUCCGGCACAGUUUCCCACCAGAGGGCGAAAGGAAGAAAUAGUGCUACUUUUUUCAAAAUAAAAUUGAUAUCUGUG